ACCAUAUGCAGUUCAUCAUUGGAAUGUCUUUUGGGAUAUCAAUAUUCCUAAUACUAGUAGCAGCUAUAGUGAUUGGAACAGUGUUAUGGGUAAAAAAGAAGGACAGCUUUGAGAAAAAGAUAGAUACAUCUAUUCCUUUGCGCCAGCUUCCCACAGAAUCAAGACAUAUGUAAGUAUUAGCAUCAAUUGAUUGGAACUUCACAUAUUUUUUUUAUUCAGGGCAUUUGUAAAAACUCAACAUUGUCAAAUCAUGUUUGAUGUUUGAGUAAUACUUUUUUUUCAAUUUCUUUAUUUUCUAAAUAUGCAGCAUGUACAGGUUAAAUGUUAAAAAUUGUGUUAAAUUUUUAAAGUUCUGUUAAAAAAUUAAAUCAACAUAUAAUAGUCAAAUUGCAAAUUGUGCUAAUUCAGUUUUGAAAAAAUAACACCUGAACAAGUAUAUCAUAUCAAAUUUAAUUUUAAUUGCUAUUGCCUUUUGAUUUUUCAUGAAUUUUUUCUCUCAACUUUUUUUAGGAAAAUUCGACGAACUUCUAGAACACAAAGCCAAGGGGGACAAAUAGUGGUAAACCAAACUGAAGAACAUCCAGACAACAAUAGGGGUAAUAAUCAUGUAUUAAUUACGGAAAUUCAUGUGUUUUUUGUUGCUUUCUGUCUCUACUCCAUUACCCAAGCCUCAUUCCAUACCCAUAAUACAAAUUGCAUUAAGAAAACAAAAUCAUUGAUGGAUUGUAUGGUGGGAAGUGGCAAUUGUAUUAGAAGAGAGGGGGAAGAGGGUGUUGUCCACCCAGUGUUGCACAUUUUUCUAUUUAUUUAUGGGUGGCAUUUUUGGCUAAAUGCAGGUGACAAAAAUCUAAGCCAGCCCCAGGUGGCACUAACUCUUGCUACACUACUGGCAGAGUGUGGGAUGACUCAGCACUCUGAGAUUCAAUGAUGGGGUCUGAGGGUGUGCGAGUGGGAAACGUUUUGAGAACUGAAUGAAUGUGCCCAGAAAUUUGGCUUGAAAUAAUCUGGAUCAAACAUGAUAUUUUAAAUUAACCAAAUUCAUCUUUUUAUAGGCCCAGUAAUUUAUCCUGUAAAUCCAAAUCCAGCUUUUAACUUAUUUCAGAGACCACUCUGGUUGUUUCUUUUAUAAGCAGCAGAGGAAAAUAAUUUUUGCUAUAUCUUGCACUGCGUGAAUUUAAAAUUUUAUAUAAGCCUAUUUCCAAUGAAACAAGAUAGUCUACCCUUUUUAGCCAAUUGUCCUAAUUAUUAGACUGUCUUCUAAUUCCAAAAUUUCUAUGACGAGGAAAAAACAGACAUUUUACAAUGCAUCAUGGUUUUAAAAUAUCAGCACAAAAUUUCAGGACACAGUGAUGAAGUUGUGCAAACAAUGAACAGAUCUGAGGGGAGGAUGUCCCGCCAAGAUAAUAUAAGUAGACACAAGUAUGAUGAGUUGUACCAUAACUAUAGAAUUCCACAAGGUCAGCUGUCUUUUAUGACAAAUAUAUAGAUAUAUAUCUAUUCUCUAUUUGACUCAAAUAUAUAGUUUUUAAAACUCUACAUUUCAUGCAUCUGAACUUAAAGUAGUCUGGCAUUGUCAAAUGGUUUUUGUGUGCACUAAUUAAAUAUGUAUGGCAGAAUGAAAUAGUUAAAUAAUACAUCAAAAUAGAUAUUUUGUUGGCUUUUUGUUGUUCUUUUUUAAUUAUAAAAAUGAUAUUUUUAUAUUAAAAAAUAUUACUACGCCUAAUUUUCAGAUUUAUUGAUGCCAUUUCUUUUUUUUUUCUCAGGUAUUGAAAGGCCCAGGAAAAUAAGUUCAUUUAUAGAAGACCCUCAUGUGCAGUACUAGGUGACUGAAAUUAAAUUAAAGUUGUGCUCACGAUUUCUCAUUGUAUUACCAAAUUGUUCAAUUUCACUCUAACUGGCAGAAUAUUCAUUUAAUAUUCAUUUAAAUACAUGAUUGUUGUUUUUUUUGUUGCUAUAACAGAAUUUUUAUAUUUGAUGUAACUGAUGUCCUGAUUCAUUUCAUUAACAAACAGUUCAUUUUUGCUGUCA